AUCUGGACUCAAGAGGGUCAGAGCACCUUGCUGAACUGGCAGCUUCCUUCUUACCUGGAAGAAUCAUCCUAGAACAUUCACAAAAUGUGUGACGCUUUUGUAGGUACCUGGAAACUUGUCUCCAGUGAAAACUUUGAUGACUACAUGAAAGAAGUGGGAGUGGGCUUUGCCACCAGGAAAGUGGCUGGCAUGGCCAAACCCAACAUGAUCAUCAGUGUGAAUGGGGAUAUCAUCACCAUUAAAUCAGAAAGCACCUUUAAAAAUACAGAGAUUUCCUUCAAACUGGGUCAGGAAUUUGAUGAAGUCACUGCAGAUGACAGGAAAGUCAAGAGCAUCAUAACCUUAGAUGGGGGUGCCCUGGUACAGGUGCAGAAGUGGGAUGGAAAAUCAACCACCAUAAAGAGAAAACGAGAGGAUGAUAAGCUGGUGGUGGAAUGUAUCAUGAAAGGCGUCACCUCAACCAGAGUUUAUGAGAGAGCGUAAGUCAGGGGACACUGACCUGAAGUUUGCAUGGAACUCUGCAACAUCCUGCUGGAUGUGUCAUUAUUUUCUACUAAUUAGCACACACCUAAUUUUUUCCCAAACUGAUUUUACUCAAUAUAAUUGUGUUGGUUAAAUAAAACAUUUUAGACUUA